UCAUUUGAUACGACUUCUGACAAUGGACGGUGCUGCUGUUGUUGUUGCUCCUUCCCUACUGCUACUACUCCUGUAGCUGACCACGGUUUCACUGGGCGUUAUAUACGAGGGAAGCAAGUGUUUGGUCAAGCACAUGUUGCCUUGGGUGAGGACUUGGCUGAAUUGUCGGCUUGGACUGAGAGUUGCUACUCUCCAGACCAUCUUACUCGCAAGACCAAGCUUGUAUGCACUAUGGGUCCAUCAUGUUGGGAUGUUGAUACGUUGGUGAAGAUGAUCGAUCAGGGUAUGAACGUGGCGAGGUUCAACUUCUCUCAUGGUGAUUUCGAGAUUCAUAGUAGAACUCUGAGGAAUCUGAAGGAUGCACUCAGGGAGCGGCCAAACGACGAUGUAUCCAUCAUGCUCGAUACCAAGGGACCCGAGAUCCGUUCGGGUUUCUUUGCUGCUGGUGGUAAGGUCGAGCUCGAGGCCGGUCAGGACUUGAUCCUCACUACUGAUUACUCCUUCAAGGGCGAUGCUCACAAGAUUGCCUGCACCUACCCCAAGCUCCCUCAGAGCGUCAAGCCCGGCUCCAUCAUCCUUAUGGCCGAUGGUACGGUUAACCUGGAGGUUGUUGAAUGCUACGAGGACAGCGUUAAGACUCGUGUCUUGAACCACGCUAUCAUCGGUGAGCGUAAGAACAUGAACCUCCCCGGUGUCAGGGUUGACCUUCCCUGCAUUGGUGAGAAGGAGGCCAACGAUAUCCUCAACUGGGGACUUCCCAACGGAAUCGAUUUCAUUGCCGUCUCCUUCGUCCAGCAUGGCGAUGAUAUUCGUGAACUGCGGAAGAUGUUGGGAAGUCGUGGUCGGAACGUUCAGAUCAUCUCCAAGAUCGAGAGCACUGAGGGUCUCAGGAACUUCGAUGAUAUCCUCGAGGCUUCCGAUGCCAUUAUGAUCGCUCGUGGUGAUCUUGGUAUGGAGAUGCCCCCUGAGAAGGUCUUCCUCGCUCAGAAGAUGAUGACUGCUCGCUGCAACCUCGCUGGCAAGCCCGUCAUCACCGCCACUCAGAUGCUCGAGUCCAUGAUCGAGAACCCCAGGCCUACUCGUGCUGAGGUCAGUGAUGUUGCCAACGCUGUUCUCGAUGGUACCGAUGGUGUCAUGCUCUCUGGGGAGACUGCUGGUGGGAAGUUCCCAGUCCGUUCCGUCCACUUCCAGCGCUCUAUCUGUGAGGCCGCUGAGCAUUCACUCGAUUAUGAUGCCCUUUAUUGUCGUAUUCGACAAGCUGUUAUGAGUACCCACUCUGAGGGUCUCUGCAAUCCUGAGGCGGUGUGCACCUCAGCUGUGAAAGCUGCUAUAGAAUGUGAUGCAUCCCUCAUAGUCGCUCUUACUGAGACCGGUACUACUGCUCGCCUUCUGGCCAAGUACAGGCCUUCUCAACAGAUAUUGGCCCUUUCUGAAUUCGAGUCAACAGUGAAGCACCUUGCUCUUUGUAGAGGCGUUAUACCUCUACAAGUACCCUCAUUCCAAGGAUCUGAUCAUAUACUACGCAAUGCACUUGCACACGCUAAGUGUAUGGGAAUGUGUAGAGUUGGCGAUAAAGUCGUUGCCGUCCAUGGCAGGCGAGAUUCUGGUCCUGAUGCUUGCAAGAAAGUGAAGAUUCUCGUCGUGGAGUGA